UAGUAACACACUCUAGGGGUUUCCUGCCCCCCUUGACCCACAUCGGAUCGGAUCUGCCAUCCACAUGUGAUAUCAUGGACUAAGCCCCAACAAGCAAGAGUUGAACAACUACAGGCUGCACAACUCAUAGAGUUUCAAUUCAGAUACAUCAACUGAGAUGGUUAUCCGCUAAUUAUAACCUUGCAUUAUUCCACCGCCCUUGAUUCAACAGAUUAAUACAGUGGCUCAAUGAACCCCGCAUCUCCGAACCGACAACCGAAAGACCUCCUCGGCCAUUACAUAGUUUGGUUGAUCGACAAGAAGAUUCACUAGUGGGAAGAUAGUAGACCACUUGGUGACCUUAAAGCAUUCCGGUCCCCAUCAAUUGCAUUUCAGCUGGGAAAAUUCUUCACGUCUUGCUCGCGUAGUAGAUAGAUACUUCCCUCAGAGACAUCAUGAGUUCUCGUCCAGUUCGCAUUGCAGGUGCUUCGGGCUCUACGUCCGACCGUCGACAUGCCAUCGCUGAGUUCGCUCGUAACUAUCCUCGAGACCCCGUCGACGUCAUCAUCGCCGACUUCAUGAGCGAGGCGAACAUGGUCACGGGGGCAGCACGACGGAUAGAUCAAGAUAAAGCCCAAGAGGGUGCUGGUAACAUCUCGGCGAUCCCAACGAGUGCACCGGGGUAUGAGCUUGCAUUUCUCUUGGCACUAGAGCCGGCCCUAGAGGAUUUGGCCAAACAUGGUAUCAAAGUGGCAGUCAACGCCGGAAAUGCAGACACGGAAGGGCUUUAUAAAGUGGUAACAAAUAUGGUCAAGGCCAAGGGCUUAAAUCUAAAGGUUGCUUGGGUCUCUGGCGACGAGGUUUUCUCAACAGUGAAAGCAGCUUUAUCCACUGGUAAAUCAACCUUCAAAAACGUCUAUACAGGAGAGACUCUUUCCGACUGGAACUUCGAGCCAAUAUAUGCCCAGUGCUACCUCGGAGGCCUGGGAAUUGCCGCGGCCUUGGCUCAAGGGGCCGAUAUCGUUCUGUGCGGACGAGUGUCAGACGCAUCCCCUGUUAUUGGAGCUGCGUACUGGUACCAUGGGUGGAACCGCAGCGAUCUCGACCAGCUAGCCAAUGCAUUUGUUGCUGGACAUCUAAUCGAAUGUAGCAACUACGUAUGCGGAGGCAAUUUCACCGGUUUCAAGACACUGGAGAAAGUCGGCGCUGAAGGCUGGCGUAAUAUCGGUUAUCCUAUUGCAGAGAUUUCAGCAGAUGGGAAAGUGGUCAUCACGAUGCAAUCGUCUGCUCCCGGCGGCGCUGUUACCGUUGAUACCUGCUCCUCCCAACUUUUAUACGAAAUUCAGGGCCCUUGGUACUUCAACUCCGACGUUACUGCCGUGCUAGCGGACAUCCACUUCGAACAAGUUGGUACCAACCGCGUGGCAGUGCACGGCGUUCGAUCUGCACCACCUCCUCCAACGACCAAGGUCGGCAUCACAGCCCGUGGCGGUUUCCAAGCAGAGGCUUCAUGGUUUCUGGUUGGGCUGGACAUUGAUGCGAAGGCACGGAUGCUGGAGGACCAGAUUCGCCACCUUCUCGCCCCAUACUCAUCCAAAUACACAGCUCUCGAAUUCUCUACAUUAGGUUCAGUGCCAGAUGAUCCUCGAGACCAAAACAGUGCCACCGUUACCUUUCGAAUUGUUGCCCAGGCUCGUGAAGCAGAACAUAUAGCCCCCAAUAACUUUCUUCGCCAUAUCACCGACAAUAUCAUGCAAGGCUAUCCCGGCGCGACUUUCCACCUCGAUGCACGACAGGGUUUUCCAAAGCCCAUCUAUGAAUACUAUGUUAGUCUUCUGCCCCAAGCAGAUGUGAAGCAUCGUGUCCACCUCCCGUGGAAGAAUCAAGUGUUGGACAUCCCUCCACCGCCCACGACUCAGGAGUUCCCGCCUCGUCAACCCUCACAGGCGAUCACCGAGCCUCCUGCCAACCGCGAUCUAGACUUCGGACCAACAACCCGAGGCCCUCUAGGAUGGAUUGUCCAUGCUCGAUCGGGUGACAAGGGACCUGACGCAAACUGCGGGUUCUGGGUUCGCCACAGUGAUGAAUACCUCUGGCUGCGCUCGCUGCUCUCCAUUCCAAAGGCGCAGGAGCUUCUAGGACAGGAGUACCGGUCGAAUCCCCAACUACAGAUCGAGCGAUUCGAGCUUCCAAACCUCCGUGGUGUACACUUCUUGUUCAGAAACCUCCUCGACCGGGGCGUUGGCGCGACAACUACAGUCGACUUCCUAGGGAAGAAUGUCGCCGAGUAUCUGCGGGCCAAGUGGGUGGAUCUUCCUGUUAAAUUCUUGAACCGCGGCAAGCUGUAGUUGUCCGUCGCUAUCUGCAGGGAUGGCUUUCUUGGUCUGUAAAGCUAGGUAUAUAAACACAGACGGUCAUCGUGCGGAUAAUCUAGGGAAGACGCUUUUCUUGACAUUGAGUUUUCAUCACAUUGAUUGGAAUUGUCCCAUAUUGU